AUGCUCAAGCCAACUCUGGCAUUCAUCUCUGUUCCACGUACCGAUCUUCGUGUUACAGGCCACUUUGAGCAAGAACUGCAGCCACUCUUAGAAAGACUCGAGAUUCCAGGGAUAACCAGUGACCGGGUGAUCGUCCCUUGUCUUUCUCAGCAAUUACCCUCUAUUCACCAAAGAUUCCCCAACGCCACCGUCCUGAAGCUCAUCGAAGAUUGUGCCGACGCUCAGGCGUCAAUGCGUACGCUGACCCUACGACCAGAGUUGGAAUUCAACUACCACUUGAAGCUCUCAUUAGCUUGUCAGAUAACUUCCGCCCUGCGAACUAUCACGCCUUGGACGACUUGCAGCGGCCCUGUUCAAUCAGAGCUCCUGGAGAAAUUGCUUCCAAAUGAUCUCUGGGUUUUCCGGGAGGUAGCAGCCGUCACAGGCAGCCAGGAAGAUUUCAACGACGCACGCCACCUUUCUUGUAUUCUGCGAGAUAGCCUGGAAACCAGGGCUCGGGAAAAUGAUGAAACUCUUAUCAUUGCUGCAGCAUUGGCUCAGAAGCCUAGUGGAGACGGUCGUAUAUAUGCAGAGAUUCUGUAUAGGUUGGAAACAAUCUCUCAGAAAAAGGAAUGGUUUCAAAGAUACGUUACAGUCCUGUUUGAGCUUGUACUUCCCCCGUUGGUUCAGUAUGGAAUUGGUCUGGAAGGACACGGGCAAAAUCUUGUGGCCCGUGUUUGCCGUCGGACAGGUCAAAUCAAAGGAUUUGCCGUGCGCGAUUUCGGAGGGGUGAGGAUGCAUGUCCCGACGUUGCGAAAUCACGGCGUGAGAUUUGAUUCACUGCCGCCAGGAGCAGCCACCUUAACGGAUGAUUUGCAGAAUGUCUGGAGCAAGGUGCAUCAUUCACUUCUUCAGAACCACGUCGGGCUACUGCUUGGGGCAUUGGGAUUAGAGAAUCAUGGCGGUUGGGCAAUUACCCUCGAGAUUUUAUCGACGGUUUUGGAGUCUGAGAAAGGCUCUCCCGGGGAAACCUUGUCCGAGUACUUUACCAAGGACACGAUGCCUUUCAAGUGCUUCUUGAGAAUGAGAAUGGAAAGCAAAUACCGUGACUACAUCGAGAGGGAGGUUCCUAAUUCGAUUCUCAUGGAUACUCCUCGAUGGGAGUCUCUAUUGGACACAUAUAGACCAUCACUACAUGCCACUUAG